AUGGAAGAUGGUGCACUUGAGGAGUUGGCCAAGAAUUCCAUGCCAUGUGUUGGAAUGGAAUUUGAUUCGGAAGAAGCUGCUUAUGAAUUCUACAAUGAAUAUGGAAGGAUUGUGGGAUUUAGUAUUAGAAGAGAUUACCAUACAAAAAGUAACAAAGAUGGUAUCGUGAUUAAUAGAAAACGGGACUUGUCAAAAUGGGUUCUGAUGAAGUUCGAUGAUAAUCACAACCACUUUUUGUAUAUUUCUCAAUGUACGCAUAUGAUGUCAUCUCAAAGAAAGUUGUGUAAUGCUCAAGGUAUAAAUGUCGAUGUAGCUGAUGAUACUGGUAUAUCACUUAAGGCAUCACAUAAUCUUAUUAGCGCCUUAGCAGAAGGGAAGGAAUUUUUGGAUGUUGAUGAGAUGAUUACUACCAUUUUUUGGGCUGAUCAUCAGAUAAUUACAGAUUAUGGCAUUUUCGGUGAUGCUGUGUCAUUUGACACAACAUUCCGAACAAACAAAGAGUACUGUCUACUUGCUUUAUUUACUGGCUUUAACCACUUCAGAAUGACUGUGAUUUUUGGUGCUGCAUUAUUAUAUGAUGAAAUUACAGCAUCAUUUGAGUGGUUAUUUGAAACUUUCUUGCAUGCAAUGUCAGGAAAAAAGCCUAUUAGUUUUUUCACAAAUCAAAAUCAUGAAAUGGCUAAGGCAAUUUCUAAAAUCAUGCCCAAGGUAUUUCAUGGAUUGUGCACUUUUCACCUAAUGCAAAAUGCUUUGAAGCAUUUAGGCUACUUAUUCAAGGGUGGUUUAAAAUUUGGUUGCAAUUUCAAAACUUACAUUUUUGGGUAUGAAGAUGAGCAUGAGUUGGUUAAAGCUUGGGAUUCUUUUAUUCAUAAAUAUAACUUGCAAGAGAACUUAUGGAUAAAGAAGACUUGGGAACUUAGAGAGAAGUGGGCGCAUGUGUAUAUGAAGUUGGUAUAUGCUGCAAGAAUACGAAGCACUCAACUUAGUGAAAGCUUGAAUGUAGAAUUGAAGAGGCAUUUAAAAGUUGACCAUAACAUUGUUCAAUUUUUUACACACUUCAAUCGAGUUGUUAUGGAUAAGCGGUAUAAAGAAGUAAAAACCAUAUACGAUUCAAGACAACAAUUGCCGAGAAUAAAGUUGAAAAUUUCUUCCAUGUUAAUUCAAGUUGCUAAGUUGUAUACCCCUCUUAUCUUUGACUUAUUCAUAAUGAGUUACACACAUCCCUUUGUUGUCAAGUGA